AUGGCCGGCGGCGGGGCCGGGGGCGGCCCGGCGGGCGCGGAGGGGAAGGGGCGCCGCGGGGCCCCGUGUGCCCUGGGCCGCCUGGGCUCGCUGCGCUCCCACCAGUGCGCGCUGCUGCUCGCGGGGCUGCUCGCCGUGUGCGCCUUCUAUUACGUGGGCUCGGGCCGCGAGACCUUCUCCAGCGCCACGCGGAGGCUGAAGGAGAGCCGGGCAGGGGCCCCGGGCGGCCCCGGGCCGGCCCCCGCCUCCGACGCCCCCUUGGCGCCCGAGCCCAAGGCCAAGCCGGCCGACGGCGGCCCCGCGGGGGCCGGCCAGCUGGACUACCACGUGCUGAUGAUGUUCACCAAGGCCGACCGCAGCCCCGCGCUGCAGGCCAAGGGACGCACGGCCCUGCGCUCGCUGCUGCGCCUGGCCAAGCUGGACGGGCAGGAAGUGCUCAACGUGCACUUCGUCAGCGAGGCGGCCAGCAAGGAGAUCGCCAAGGAGCUGCUCCGGGAGCUGCUGCCCGGGGUGCCCUUCAAGUACAAGAUCAUCUUCCAUGAUGUGGGCGUCUUGACUGAGAAGCUGUUCCCCGUGGUGGAGGCCAUGCAGAAGCACUUUAGCGCAGGCUCUGGGACCUACUACGGGGACUCCAUCUUCUUCUUGUCGGUCGCCAUGCACCAGAUCAUGCCCAAGGAAAUCUCACGGAUAAUCCAGCUGGACUUGGACCUGAAGCACAAGACCAAUAUCCGCGAGCUGUUUGAAGAAUUUGAUAAUUUCCCUCCGGGAGCCGUCAUUGGGAUUGCCCGAGAGAUGCAGCCGGUCUACAGGCACACCUUUUGGCAGUUCCGCCGCGAGAACCCGCAGACCAGAGUCGGGGACCCUCCUCCCCACGGACUCCCCGGCUUCAACAGCGGCGUGAUGCUCCUGAACCUGGAGGCCAUGCGUCAGUCGGCGCUCUACCAUCGGCUGCUGGAGCCGGCCGCCCUGCAGCAGCUCACCGAGAAGUACCGCUUCCAGGGCCACCUGGGCGACCAGGACUUCUUCACCGUGGUGGGCAUGGAGUACCCCGAGCUCUUCCAUGUGCUGGACUGCACCUGGAACCGGCAGCUGUGCACCUGGUGGAGGGACCACGGCUACGGCGAGGUCUUCGACGCCUACUUCCGCUGCGAGGGCCACGUCCGCAUCUACCACGGGAACUGCAACACGCCCAUCCCGGAGGACUGAGCCGGGCCCAGGGUGCCUGGGAGCGACCGAGGCCUUCCCGCCCCCCAGGUUCUCCCUCGGGUUCUCCCCGUGUGGCCAGCCGUGGUUCACCACCGGUGCCCUCGGGUGACGGGGAGGAAGGAGAAGCAGAGGAUGAUUGUCUUGGCAGGGAUGAGGGACGGUCGUCCGGCUGGCCGGAGAGCGGGGAUGAGGGACGGUCACCUGGCUGGCUGGAGAGCGGCGCUGCCUGGGAGGGAGGGGCAAGAGGAGAAGAAACACCCGGAAGGUUUCUUGUUGGCCAUCCUCCCCGAGCCAGACCGUGUCACAUCAGUGCUCCCAAAUGUCAUCCUUGCUCAGACCACACACAGACCGCCCUAGCAAUCAGGGGCUGCCAUCUUGGCGGGCACCCGAGUGUUGCCGCGUCCCAGGGGUGCCGGGGCCGGGGCAGGCUGGCUCUGUGCUUGGAGGUCCCACCGCAUGUUGAUGGGGGCGGCUCGUGUACCCUGGCUCGCUCAGAGGAGCGGGGAGCCCCGGAGCCUCCCUGUGUCCACUUCGAGCUUGGGCCUGCGAGGGCCGCCGGCUCCCGAUCGUGGUCAUUAUUCACUGUACUGUGGCUGUGAACACUCCUGCCCUGCAGACGAGGAGGACUGGGUUCUCCCCUUGGGAAAAGCCGGUCCACCUGGCAUUAUUGCACCCUGUGGCUCAGCAUCCCGGCCCGGCCUUUGGCUCUGAAGGUCGGCUGAGGGAGGCGGUUUCUCAGGGGCUGAGCCAAAGACAGCGGGGAGCGGAGCUCACGCAGGAGACCGCCGAGAUGGGGACCGUGCCCUUCCCGACUGGGCCCAGCUUGGUCAGAUGGCUCGUCUGCAGACCUUGUAAGUAGCCGCCCCGCCCCGGAGGUCAGUGCCCAUCUCUGCCCUCACCUUCAGAGGGGACGCACGGACUUGUCCAUCGUGGAGAGCUCGAGGGCAUCAUCAGAGCCCUAGGACGUGCCGAGAGCCCUCCCUUUGUGCUGGCGCGUAGGUUUGCCCAAAGCACGCCGCCAGGGCCGUCUCUAAUGUGCGCCGAGGGCUCCGGGACAGAGCUAAAUAAAUUCACUGGAAAGAAUCUGUCCUCCUCCAUUGAUUGUGUUGGGAUGUGGGAAGCCACAGCCCUCAGCCUUCAUGGGGCCGUCGCGGGCCGCCAUGCCGAGGGACGGGCCCCAGGCCCCGAUGUCGAGGGACGAGCCCGAUUCUGAGGGACGGGCCUGAUGCCGAGGGACGGGCCCGAUGCCGAGGGACGGGCCCGAUGCCGAGGGACGAGCCCGAUGCCGAGGGACGGGCCCGAUGCCGAGGGACGGGCCCCGAUGGCGAGAGAUGAGCCCGAUGCCGAGGGACAGGCCCGAUGCUGAGGGAAGAGCCCCAGGCCCCGAUGCCGAGGGACAGGCCCGAUGCUGAGGGAAGGGCCCGAUGCUGAGGGAAGGGCCCCAGGCCCCGAUGCCGAGGGACAGGCCCGAUGCUGAGGGAAGGGCCUGAUGCUGAGGGAAGGGCCCCAGGCCCCGAUGCCGAGGGACGGGCCCGAUGCCGAGGGACAGCCCGAGGAGUCUGCUCCCAGAAUGGGAAGGAAGCCGUUGGCUGCAGCAUCGAGUCGGGAUGCUCGCCCAUCCGUGGAGGAGCCUCCCCUUCGCCCCAUGUUGGUUUCCCAGAGAAGCAACAGCCACCGCCUGUUUGCAUUUGGCGAGCCAGGCUCGGGCUCCCCUGGAAACCCGUUGGCUGAGGGGCCCAGGCUGAAUGGCAGCAUCCCCGCCCUCACGGCCUUCAUCACAGACGGCUGCGGUGUGGCCAAAACAAGCUGCUUUUAAUCUCUGCAUGGACCCGCUGGCUGCCAGUCACUCGUCCCCAGGCAGCGCUCUGCGUUAACCUAAGGGGGCUCGGCCAUGUAAGGAGACAGACGGUUCCUUCUGGUAAAGAAACGGCCACAUCCCUCCUCCCCCUCCUUGCUGGCGUGGCUGCCUCCGUGGCCCUGGCGGCGCUCCGUCAAGCUGGAUCUGCUGGCCCGGGGAGACCCCCCACCUCUCUCCUCCCUGGGACGCCCAGGCUGUCCCCACCGGAAGGGCCUCGGCAUGGCGCCCCCCCUCCUAUUGUCCGUUGUCCCCGUUACUCCUUCGGGCGGCCUCCCGGGAGCCUCCUGUCUGCAGAGUGAGCCUGGCCCCCGCCCCGCCAAGAGAAAAGGGCAGCGGAUGGGCAAACGGCCUCUGCAGUGCCCACGGGAAUUGGCCUACCUUGGGGUUGCAGGCAGUGGAAGUGUGGUGAGUGGGGGUGAGGGACAUCUCCCCUCGUUCUUUGGGUCACCGGGAAAGCCUGAAAGGGCCUGUGCCCCUCGGGAGCAGAGCUUGGACCUGCACCGGGCAUGUUCUGCCCUCAGCCGGGGCUCCCAGAAGCCUGCCCGCCUGGCUGCAGGGCCUAAGGGGGUCUGGGAGGGCAGGAGGCUCUGGGCAGUAGCCAUCCUCAUCUCUUGUGGGGAGCAGGAAGCCCCUGUGGGGCUGGCAGACUCUCCAGGUGUCCUUCCUCCUCCCUCACCCCCAGUUUACCAAGAAGCCCGGGCAUGGGUUUGUGUUUCUGUGUGCGUGUGUAUACAUAUGGCAUGCCAUGUGCACGAGUACACACACACACACACACACACACACACACACACACACACACACACCCGGAGGCAGCCAGGAUUCAGAAUGACUUGAGUUCAAGACCUGAGCCUCAGACACUUCCUGGCCGUGUGAUCUCGGGCAAGUGACGUCUGUUUGCCUCAGCUUCUUCAACUGUAAAAUGGGAAUAAUCACACCAUCUACUUUGCAAAUUUUUGUGGGGAUCAAAUGAGAUGCUAUUUGUGAACUGUGUCCUACAGUGUCUGCCAUAUGGUAGGUGCUUAAUAAAUGCUUAUUAUUACUGUUA